AUGGGUAAGGACUACUAUAAUAUUCUUGGGGUAGACAAAAAUGCCGACGAGGAGGCACUCAAGAAAGCAUACAAGAAAUUAGCCCUCAAGUGGCAUCCUGAUCGACAUCAGAAUGACACGGACAAGGAAACGGCAGAAAAGAAAUUCAAGGAGAUCAAUGAAGCCUACGAAGUAUUAAGCGAUAAAGACAAAAGAACCAUUUAUGAUACGUAUGGUGAAGAAGGCUUGAAGGGUAGUGGCCCACCGCCUAGCGGCUUCUCGGGUGGGGCAUUCCCAGGUGGAUUUCCAGGUGGUACCACCUUCAGGUUUAGCACAGGUUCAGGAUUUAGUCCGUCUGAUCCAAAUUCUGUCUUCUCCCAAUUCUUCAGCCGCUUCGGUGAAGAAGAUGAUUUCGCGUCAUUCCCUGGUUUCUCGAGCAGCUUUGGAAAAUCAUCAUCUCGCGGACGGGACUUAAACGACUUUUUCGGUCGUGGAGUCAACAAAGGUGGCGCAAACGAAAUUUCUUAUCACCUGUCCUUGACACUCGAAGAUUUAUACAAGGGCAUCACGAAAAAACUCAAAGUAUCGCGAAAGAUUUAUGAUGCUCCUUCGGGUCGUUAUGUCAAUGUCGAUAAGAUAUUAGAUAUUAGCGUCAGGCCUGGAUUGAAAGCUGGAACGAAAUUUCGAUUUCCAAAGUCCGGGGACGAACUGCCUAGUGGUGAAACCCAGGAUGUCGUGGUAAUUGUGGAUGAGAAGCCGCAUCCAACGUUUACACGCGAUGGUGACGAUUUACGUGUUUCCAUUACCCUGUCUUUGCUCGAGGCACUCACCGAAUCCAGAAAGACGAUAAAAACCCUUGACGAAAGAACCUUGGCUAUCUCGAGCUCAUCAAUAAUAAAGCCAGGUCAGGAGCAGAGAUUCCAGAACGAAGGGAUGCCCACUAAAGACGGCAGGAAAGGUGACCUGAUUGUAAAGUAUAGUGUCGUAUUUCCAACAAAGUUAUCAGAAGAGCAGAAGAGAUUGCUGAAAGGAGCUCUCGGAUGA